GCUAAGCUGCUGGUUCUGCAAUCCCAUCAUGAGAAAAAGGAAGUUGCGAUCUUGAAGUUCCAUGUUCUACAUUCUUACUAUCCAUUGGGUUCGUUGGAGUCGAUUGUGAAUCCUGUGCAACCUACUUUAGCGACGGAAGCCAUGGGUGCUGAGACAUUCACAUUGAAUAUUAUCAGGGUUAAUGGGUCGGUGGCGAUUGAUACGGGGAUCAUUCAGGCGUCAGUAACCCAGACAGUUUUUUAUCAAAACCCAGUUUCCAUCUUAUUGCUGAGAGCGAAUUUUGGGAAGGAAGCCCUUGGGGCGACAAGGAGUGGCAACGAAGGGGUGGGAGCUGCACCUCCAGAAAUUUCAUUUUCGCCAGAGAGUUCACCUUCUCUCGAGAUCCCACUAACCCAUCUCUCCUCUCCUCCCGGUUUCUGCAAGGAGAUCCGAUCGGGUGCAGCCGUUACUAGGGUACAAAGAACCGCCCUUGUUGUUGCUCUCUGCUGUAUAGCAUUGUACUAGUGGUAUGAGAUUUUGUUUCAAAAUUUCUUUUCGUUUUUUUUACUAUUUAAUUUCGUUCCGGUUUUGAUGUUUUUUUUAAUACUUUUAAUUUUUUCGUACACGAAAAAUUGUAUGUAACUACAAAGCAGCAUUCUUUUGUUGGGGGUGGACUUUACUGCUUUAGUUUAGCAGAGAAGAUUCUUGUCAGAAUAAUUUGAGAACAAAAAUACCAAAUUUUCCCUUUGGGUAGUGAUCUGAUCGAUGCGUCACUGUAAAAUGCUAGGAAUCAGUUCUUUCUACAUAUUUCUUUUGGCUUGUAUGAGUUGUUUAAAAAGAAAAAGAAUGAUU